CUUGUCUACAAGAGUUUCUGAUGGGACCAGCGAGUGGCAGAAAGAGAAGGAAGGUCAAGCCAGAUGCUUCUAUUUCUACUCCGGAGGAAGAGGAUACCACCGAUUGGUGGGACAAGUUCUCCAAGAGAAUUACUGGGACCUUGUCUUUGUCAGAGGGUUCUGAUAAAUUUAAAUCUUUUUUCAAGAUCUCAAGAGGUACCUUUGGAUACAUUUGUUCACUUGUGAAUGAAGACCUGCUGGCUAACAGUUCUGUUAGUAGAAAUGUCAAGCUCUUAUCUGUAUAUGAUCAAGUUGCUGUGGCUCUUAGAAGGUUAGGCUCUGGUGAUUCACUUUCAAGGAUUGGUGAGUCAUUGGGGUUGAGCCAAUCAACGGUUGGCCAAGUAACCUGGAGGUUUGUGGAGUCAAUGGAAGUGAGGGGACUUAAACACCUCAAAUGGCCUUCUACAGAAGAAGAGAUGAAACAAAUAAAAUCCAAGUUUAAGAGAAUUAAGGGCUUACCAAACUGUUGUGGUGUGAUUGAUAGCACUCACAUCAUGAUGCGUUUGCCCAAAUCUGACUCUAAUGAAGUAUGGUUUGAUUCUGAGAAGAAUCACAGCAUAGUCUUGCAAGCAAUUGUGGACCCAGAUAUGAGGAUCAGAGAUAUUUCCAUUGGAUGGCCUGGAAGCAUGAAUGCAUCUACAAUUCUUCAAAGUUCAGGCUUCUUCAACCUUUGUCAGAGAGAGAAAAGACUGAAUGGGAAGAAUAUAGAGCUUUCUGAUGGAUCACAAAUGAGGGAAUACAUAAUAGGAGAUGUGGGUUUUCCCCCGCUUCCAUGGCUCAUCACACCUUAUCAUGGGAAUGAGCUCUCAAAGAUAGAAGUUGAGUUCAACAAAAGUCACUCAGCAACCAAGAUGGUGGCAUUAAGAGCAUUGGCAAUGCUCAAGGAAAGAUGGAGGAUUGUUCAAAGAGUGAUGCUCAAACCUGAAAAAAAUAAAUUGCCAAGGAUGAUUUUUGUUUGUUGCUUGCUUCACAACAUUCUUAUUGAUCUAAAGGAUAAAGUCCAAGUCAAAAUACCCUCUUCUCACUACCAUGACAGUGGUUACCAACAGGAGUUUUGUAAAUCAGUUGACCAGAAUGCUUCUAUCGUUAGGGACAAGCUCUCUGUGUAUUUGGUUGGACGAUUAUCACCAUGA